AGGAAGCGAGCUGCGGAAGUUGGGAAGACAUUGACGAGAUUCGGGAUUUGCUUGCUUGUCAGAAAGAUAAUUUCUCCUGGGUGGCAUCUUUGAGGGAGGGGAACCGAAGGAUGAUGCGGUUGCGUACAUAUGCCAGUCUUAGUCUCUUUGCGACUAUAGCGGUUGUUUAUCAUGCUUUUAACAGUAGAGGCCAAUUUUACCCUGCAAUGGUUUAUUUAUCGACGUCUAAGAUCAGCUUGGUGCUUCUUCUCAACAUGGGUUUGGUCAUUAUGUGCACUCUGUGGCAAUUAACCAAAAGGGUCUUUCUGGGUUCCCUUCGAGAAGCGGAGGUGGAGAGGUUGAAUGAGCAAUCAUGGAGGGAGGUCAUGGAAAUCCUCUUUGCAAUAACUAUUUUCAGACAGGACUUCUCAGUUACAUUUCUUGCUAUGGUCACAGCUCUAUUGUUAAUCAAGGCUUUGCAUUGGUUGGCUCAGAAAAGAGUUGAAUACAUCGAAACAACCCCCUCUGUUCCCAUAUUGUCUCACGCUCGGAUAGUUUCUUUUAUGGCUUUCCUCCUCCUCCUAGAUUCUCUGUUUUUAUACAGUUCUGUCAAGUAUUUGAUUCAAACACGUCAGGCUUCAGUAUCUCUCUUUUUCUCAUUUGAGUACAUGAUACUAGCAACAACAACAGUGUCAAUAUUUAUAAAAUAUGUUUUCUAUGUGAGUGACAUGCUCAUGGAAGGACAAUGGGAAACAAAGGCUGUGUACACCUUCUACUUGGAGCUUAUUCGUGACUUGCUGCACUUGUCAAUGUAUCUAUGCUUCUUUCUGGUGAUCUUCAUGAAUUAUGGCGUUCCUUUGCACCUAAUACGGGAGCUCUAUGAAACAUUUAGGAACUUCAAAAUACGUGUUGCUGAUUACGUUCGUUAUCGGAAAAUCACUUCAAAUAUGAAUGAUCGAUUUCCAGAUGCAACCCCUGAAGAGCUUAAUGCAAGUGAUGCAACCUGCAUUAUAUGUCGUGAAGAGAUGACAACAGCCAAGAAAUUAAUCUGUGGGCAUCUUUUCCAUGUGCAUUGCCUACGGUCAUGGUUAGAGCGACAGCACACAUGUCCAACAUGCAGAGCAUUGGUUGUACCACCUGAAAAUGGGACAUCGGCUGGAGGACAAAAUGUGGCACGGCAAGAUGCUCAUCAGCAGGGAAUGAGCCCCCCAAAUACAGAUGCUCAGGGUUCUGCUGCUGGAGUUCUCAAUGAUAAUUUGAGUGGUCAUCAGGCCAGGCUUCAAGCUGCUGCUGCUGCUGCCUCUGUAUAUGAAAGAUCCUAUGCAUAUCCUUCUGCAAGCACGCUAAUAUGGUCUCCUGGUUAUGCUUUAUUUCUUCAGGCAUCUAGACCUGAAUCUGAUAUUGGGAGUAGCGUGGAACAAACUUCUGUUGGCUCUAGAGAAUACGUAGUUCCUGGUGGAUCUUCAAACUUAUCCUUUCCACUAUUUCCGCACUCUGUUUUUGUGCCUUUCCAGUUAGAUGGUGCGAGUGUGAAUUCUGGGAACAGAUUGGGUGUUGAUAUAAAUAUUCCAGAUUCUCAGUUGGAAAUGCAGAGGAAGUUCCUCCAACAUCAGAUUGAGAUCCUUCAAGACCAGCUCCAACUCCUGCAGAUGCCCAAAGCUGAGGAAAGCAUGGCAACUGACCACCCAGUAUCAUCAGCUAGUGUAGGCAAGAGUGUUGGAUCUUCAUCUGCUUCUGUUUCUGACAGUGGUCGUCGUGAGGGGAUUGAAGGAGGGUACUGACAGUGACAUUAAUUUUGCACAGAUGUAGUUGGAUUACAAAAUAGGCUGAGAAAAGUGCUUGUGGUAAGGGAGGCAGAUACAAAGAUGAGAAAACUUUUAGCAACUGCUGCAAACUUAGAGCUGAAUUAUCAUGAGGAAGCCAGCUUUAGCUUCCUAGUUUUAUUGCUUUUCCUGACAAUUCUCAGAUUAUAUGAGUUGUGCAAGGUUGGCAAAAUGUAAAUUGUGCAUGUGAAAGAUUACUGCUAUCUUACAAAAUAUUCCUUUACAAAAAUAAAAAAUAAAAAAUUACUGCUUCAAAAGUAGAAGUUUUUGGCCUGAGUGGCAUGAAA